AUGUACGUAGUUGUACACUUGUGACUUGUACUACUAUAUCAAUUACCGGUCUUUCAAACCCAUCCACAUCCCAACUAUCCUCAUUCUCCUUACAAACAACCUCUGCUGCUGCAGAAACAUGGUAAUGGCGUCUGUCACCACAAUCGCUUCUCAUCUAACCUCCACCUUUCUUUACGCUCCAGAAUUCUGUAGAUUGUCUCAGAGCUUACACACGUCACAGAGACCGUGUACUAGAAAAUCUGUUUCCGGGACAAUAUCAGCCAACAUAGAUUUGAAGCCACCUCCUUAUGCAUUGGAUGCUCUGGAACCACACAUGAGCAAAGAGACAUUGGAAUAUCAUUGGGGAAAGCACCACAGAGGUUAUGUCAACAAUCUAAACAAGCAAAUUGAGGGAACUGAAUUAGAUAAAAUGUCAUUAGAAAGCAUAAUAUUAGCGUCACAUAAUAAGGGUGAUAUUCUUCCAGCCUUCAACAAUGCUGCACAGGUUUGGAACCAUGAAUUUUUCUGGGAAUCUAUGAAACCUGGUGGUGGUGGAAAGCCUUCCGGAGAGCUUUUGGAAUUAAUAAACCGAGAUUUCGGUUCAUUUGAAGCGCUAAUUCAAGAGUUUAAGUUAGCUGCCACUACUCAGUUUGGUUCGGGUUGGGCUUGGCUUGUAUGUAAGUGUUUGUUCCAUCAGAUCUACAACCAGAAAUUGGAACCCAUUUUUUUCAAUGUUUAUUUUUGUGUAGAUGACUUAGAGGACAAGAAGCUUGUUGUGCUGAAGAGCUCAAAUGCAAUUAAUCCUCUUGUGUUGGGGUCUUAUCCACUCCUCACCUUAGAUGUUUGGGAGCAUGCUUACUACCUGGAUUUUAAGAACCUCAGGCCCGAUUAUAUAUCAACUUUCCUCGAUAAGCUUGUAUCAUGGGAUGCGGUGAGUUCCAGGCUCGAAGCAGCCAAGGUUAGCAUUGAGGGAAAGUGAAAUGGAGGCAAUUGAUGCAAUGCGUAACACUGCUGCAAAAUAACCAGGGAAGGAAUUGGUGCUGAUGAUUUUCUGGAUUGAUUUUGGUGUUACAUGAUUGUGGUUUUGUAUCGAGGUUGAAUGAUGAUUUCGGUUUAAUUAAUGUAAUUUUAUCCUUACUAACCUGGGUCAAAAUAGUAAUGUGUUUGUAUUGCU